AUGGCGGUUACUCGCAAGCAAAGCUCGAUCAUCAGAGAAUCGCAAAAAAGACGCCAAGAAGAGAUCGACAGGAGAAGGGAAAAGGAAAGAGAAAGAAGAUGGGAAAUGGACAGGGAAGAGGAGAGAAGCAAAGCGAAGAAAAAGUUUUUCCUCCUGGGUGCCGCUUUGAUGUUUCGACGCUACGUGGAGGAGAUGCGCCGCCGAGAGGAGGAGGAAGAAGAAGAAGAAGAAGAGGGGGAACGCCCGGAGACUACGAGCGGCAGCAGUAGUGGCAGUAGCAGCAGCAGCAGCGAAUUGGAGAGCCCGACUCCAUCGAGACCGAAGAGGAAACAACCGAAGAAGCCUACUACUCCUACGAGAGACAAGAUAUUAAAACGCCAGGCUCCGCUGGGGGUACCUAGUGGGCGAUCCCCAGGUUCUAUCGAGCGGUGGAUAGACCAGACGGAACGGGCGACAAAAAAGCGGCAUCGAUGGUCAUUGAAGUGA